ACCAGUUGUAUUUUUAGUGACUUUUUCUCCGUUGCGUUGGUGACAUUCAUUACGUCUACUUCGUAAAAGGUUGAUUAGCGUUUGUCCACAAUUUUUUUACAGGAUUUUUAGGAAAAUUACCCCCAAAGACCCAUAAUAAUUGUGAUAUUUCCUGUGAAUUCGAUGCGAUACGGUUUGUUAAUAUAGUGAAAAUGAUUGUGGAGCACGUAGAAGCUUUCAAGACGUGGCUAACAGCUGUUUUGAAACCUAUGUGUGAGGCAGAUCCAGCGGCUCUAGCAAAAUAUGUUUUGGCACUGAUCAAGAAAGACAAGACUGAAGAUGAGCUGAAGAAGAGCAUGAUUGCACAGCUAGAUGUGUUUCUAGAAGCAGAAACUGAGUCCUUUGUGGACCUAGUAUUUCAAACUUUAACUACAAAAGAUUAUGUGAAUGUACCAAUAGUCCCCAAUGCAAAUCCUCCAAAUCCUAACAUGGGCAAGGUGAAGGAACCUGUCAAAGAAUCCAAGGUUAUCAUACAGCCCAGUGAGUUGCCUAAUCUUAAUGAAGCAGUCAAUGGAAAUGCAAAGAAGGAGCAGGAAAUUAAAAGGGAUAGGGAAAAUCGAUUAGAAAAUAGGAAAAAUUCAGAUUCGGAGAAAGAUAAGGAGAAAGACAAGGAAAAAGAUAAAGAAAAGGAACGAGAAGACCGUCCCCCUCGCCCACUCCGUCGUUCGCCAGUGACAGUCCGCCAUCGCUCUUUGUCAAGGAACAGGUCUCGAUCGCGGUCAUGGGACCGAACGAAACGAUCGCGUUCCCGGGAAAAGUCCCGGGAACGGGAACAGCAUCGGGUAGAUAGAGAGAAGAGAGAUAGGCCGCGCAUUUGGAGGAACAAGUCACCACCUAGAAUAAGAUAUGACAGGAGACGAGGUGCAGCUUCUAGAACCCCAUCGCCACCGCCUUUAGGUAGAGCUAGAAGUCGGAGCAGAAGCCCUAGGCAUUCACAUCGGGGGAGGUACCGCGCGAGAGGCUCUGCAAGCAGAUCUCGUUCACGAUCCCCCGAUGCUAAACGCGAUAGAAGAGAUUCUGCGAAGGAAAAAGAUGCAACAAGUAGACCAGGAAGUCCAGCCCAAGACUCGAAUCAUGGCGAUGCGGACGCACGAUUGGGCAGUGCUCAUAGUCUGCCAGCCGGCGCCGGUAAAAAGAAGAGAUGUAGGGAUUUCGAUGAAAAAGGUUAUUGCAUGAGCGGCGAUAUGUGCCCCUUCGACCACGGCAUAGACCCUGUUGUGCUAGAAGACGCUGCACUGAGUCGAGUACUAACCUACAAUCCAAACGGUGGCCCAGCUGUAGGACCUAGAGCUCCAUUGCAUUCUGUCGUGCCAGAUAACCCUUACAACCCGCAAGCACCGCAGUUAUGGAGAGACUUCAGACCUGGGGGACCAGGAGGCCGAGCGCCACCGAUGGGCAUUGCUAGGGUACCUCCUUUGGGCGUCUAUCCUCCACCCACCAACAUGAACCGCGAGUUGAUCCCAGUGCCAGUAAUGGAUAACGGUGCUCACAAACCACCAGAAGGCUUCCCUCCAAUGGUAGGACCACCUUACCGUCCGCCAGGUGUGCCUCCGUUCCCGCCUCACCAUGAAGGCUACAAGAAGAGAGGACCUUUUGAUUUUAACAGGUUGGGACCGGUCAGGCACCAACAGAAGAACCCGCAAAAUUGCUCUCUCGAAUUGAAGAAGGUUCCCAAUGGAUUGAACACCAUCACGCAUUUGAAUAACCAUUUUGGAAAGUUUGGAAAGAUCGUCAAUAUACAGGUCAGUUAUGAGGGUGAUCCAGAAGCUGCACUGAUAACUUUUUCAAGCCAUGCAGAAGCAAAUGCAGCCUAUAGAUGCACCGAAGCUGUUCUGAACAAUCGUUUUAUUAAGGUAUUUUGGCACAAUGCCAAUCCUACACAACCUGAUGCUAAGCAUCAAGAAAACGUACCACCUUCUAUGAGAUCUGUAAAAGACAGAUUGGGCAAUCAAACUCCACAGGCUGUUCCUCCUAAUGCUAAUAAGGUCUUCAACUUGGUGCAACCAAAGGCGGACGAUACUAGCGCCCCAGGUGUUCCUGGUGAGGAAAAACCACAAGAUGCAUCUUCUGGCGACGAGAAAACCAAAGAGGAAAACCACACUCAAGCGGUUGAAGCUAUAAAAAAAGGCCAAGAGCUGUUGGCCGCUCAAGCUAAAGUCAAAAAGAAUCAAGAUGUACAGCGUAAGCAAGUGCUUCAGAUCCAAAGCGAUCUCAGGAAAAAGAAGCAAGAGCUGCUUGAUAAGCAGUUGAGCCAGCAGAAGAUUCUCCUUGAAAAAAUGGAAAAAAUGCCUCCUGGACUAGCUCGUGACCUCGUCAAAGACACCAUAAAGAAGACGCAGGAAGCAAUUGCUGCCAUAACCAAGGACUUGGAAGCAGCGGCACUUGCAGCUUCCAAAGCCGGCGCUGCUAAACCAAAAACCAAAGAAGAGGCCCAACGGGAACUGCUAGAUGCUGAGCUUGAUCUUAUCGCCAAGCAGCAAGAAGGGGCAGAUACUAAGGAGUUACAGAAAAAGCUUAACGAAUUGCGAGCUAAGGUGGCAGCAGCAGGAGCCGUUCGUUGCGGUAGGGUUGGUCGGCGAUACCCUAUGAGCACACCAGUCAUUGGCCGGCAUCUUCUGACAAAGAACAAUUUAAAACUGAAAGCUAUGAAGACGGUUAACAGACCGUCGCCCACUAGUCAAACGUCAACAGCUUUGAGCACGACGUUCCAAAAACACACCGUUGACCAUCGUCCCACUAAGCUUUUGGUAUCAGGAUAUGAAACUGAUGAGCAAGAUAGCGUACUGAGCCAUUUUCAACAAUAUGGAGAAAUCGCAGAUUAUGAAGUUGAUCCUUCAAUACCUUCAAUAACGUUGAACUACAAGACCAGAAAAGAAGCUGAAAUGGCGUUAUUAAAAGGAAAACAUUUCCAAGAUCGUACUUUAUCAAUAACAUGGAGCACCAGCAAACAGCUGAACAGGCAGAGAAGUAGCGGCAGCGUGUCCACACGUACUGUUGUGAUGUCUGAAACUGAAGAAGAUCAGUUGAUAGAUUCCAGCAUACUGGAUGGAGCAGAGGAAGAUUUGGGUCCGGAAAUUUCUGAGGAAGCUCUUCUACAAGAUGACGAGGAAGAAGAAGACGAAGAUCGAUCCUGGCGGCGAUAGUCGCUUAUGUCUAUUUUUUCACUAAGCUUCAUAUAGUUCAAACUAGUAAUUUUUGAUAAUCCGUCUUAGAUCAUGUGACUCGUGACUUUCAAUUCAAAGAAAAUUAAGAACAUCUGUAUUUUCAACCAUUUUAGUUGGUUUAACUCAAGUACGGUUAGAAUAUUUGCACUAAUUCAGUUUCAUUCAAUUUGGUUGUUCAAAAAGAGAAUAUGUACCAAAAUCUGGCUUCUUUCAGGGUCUUACAAAUCAAGCUAAGUAUUUGUAGAAAAAUUAAAGUUUUUUCAUCAGCUGAUUUCUUUUGAAAACUGAAAAUGAGAAAUUGUAAUCACUUUGUUAGAUUCUAUAAAAAUCUUGCUGGUAAUAUGUUGGUCACAAGGUCUGAAACGGAAAGUAUCUGAUAUCACAAGGGUGAUGAAAUAUGCUUGACUGGUUUGCAUAGAUGUAUAAAAUAACCUUUAUAAUUUUUUUGUCUAUUUUGUGAUUUUUUCUGGGAUGAUUUCUGUAUAUUUUAUGUACUGAAUUAUUGUUAGCCAUUAAUCUAUGUGAUGAUGCAGAGGAUUUUUGGUCGAUUCUGUUUGUUAAACAUCAAAAAUGUUAUAUGAUGUAUAUUUAACAUUUAAGAAAAAAAGAUGCGGUGCCCCCUCAAAAAAUGCAAAUAAGAAAAAAUAAAUUCAGUUAAGGUGGUGCAUAAAAAAAUAUGAAUACCAAAAAAUGAUACAAAUUAGUAUCUAAAAAAAUGACGAAAAAAGAUUUAAGAGCAUUUAUAUAUUUUAUAAAUAUUUGCACGUUGAAAAGGGGCACAAAAAAACAAAACUAUUCCAUGAAAAGAAAGAAUGAUUCUGUUUUACAAAGUGGAAAAGGUGCUUGUUGCUGUGUGUACCAUCGAAAGGUAAGUAUCAUCAUCUAAAGGUAAGUAGACCCUUAUUCAUAAAACGUGCAUUACAUAAAUUAUUGAUUUUUAUUAGUGUAAAUGAUAAUCCAAGGGAUCAAGAUGUAUAGUAGCGGAC